AUGGGGCGGAGGCUGCCGGCGUUGUGCCGCGGCCGGGCGGCGACGCGGGUCAGGAAGCGAGUGCAGCGCCUGAGCUACUGCUCCCCCUCCUCGUUGUCCUCCAAGCUGCCGCCUUCGGUGACCAGCAAGGUAAGGAGUGACAGUGGAGCAGGAAACGGACGCUGUUACGGCGGCGGCAAUGGCGCGUCGAUGGUUGACGUCGUGGGCGGCAAGAAGGACGGCGGCGGGCGGCGGGUGAUGGUGGUCGCUGAUGGGCGGGCGGAGGCGGUGGGCGCGCUCGAGUGGGCGCUGUCGCAGACCGUACGGAGCAAUGACGCCGUCGUCCUUCUCGCCGUCGUCAAGCCGGCCCCGGCAGAUGCGGAUGAUUCAUCCUGCGUGAAGAUAUCAGGGACAAGAUGCUACGAAAACCUUAAUGCCAUGAGGAGCCUGUGUGAGUCGACCAGGCCAGAGGUGAAGGUGGAGGUGUGCGUGACCGAGGCGGAGGAGCGCGCGCCGGCGGUGGUGGACGCCGCGAGGCGGCACGGCGCGUCGCUGCUCGUGCUCGGCCAGCGCCGGCGGGCGGCCACGACGCGGUGGAUCCUGGGCCUGUGGCCGGCGGCGGAGCGUCGGUGCGGCAGGCGGUGGCAGAGGGGCCUGGUGGAGUACUGCAUCGAGCACGCGCCGUGCGAGGCGCUGGGCGUGCGCCGGCGGAACUCCGGCGGGUACCUCGUCUCCAGCAGGCGCCACAGGGACUUCUGGCUCCUCGCUUAG